GAGAGAGAGAGAGAGAGAGAGAGAGAAAGGGUAUCAAAGUUAUAAAGAUUAGUUAAGAUGAUAUAAGAAAAAGAAAAUAUUAUGAAUAGUUGUCGCCAUUCGACAUUAUUAAAUCGAUCGUACUACGGCUUUCUGUAUAAUAAAGUUUCCGUGUAUAUUGAUCGGUGACAACUAAUCGCCACGUACAUACACGUACGCAGGUACAAUUUUUAACGUGCAUUUAUCAAAAAUAUGACACAGAGAGAUAUAAACUUCUCCUGAUUACUGAGAAUAACUUUAUUUUGGAAAGGGCAAUGGUUCGGUACGUAAUCGAAAUGAGUGAUUGAAUACCAUGAAGUGGUUAUGAUACUCCUGAAGUUAUAUCGAAUCGAAACUAUUACGAUGAAUAGAGUAUAGAAUGUUACAAGAGUAGUAGAGUGGGGAUCAGUGGGAGAGAGUUGCAAUGCAGUGGUUUGUGUUCUCGCGGAUAUUUUCAUAUAAUCAUAAUCAAAAUAAGGAAAAUUUGUUAAAUAGCAAGUUUAGAAAAUUUCUUUUGAAAUAUGUGAUCGUAUGUAAUUUAAUGGAAAUUGUAUCGAUUAAUGUACGGGACUUUGAAAGACGUUAGGGAACGAAAUGGAGUAUGCCUCCACCCGACGUAAAAAUUGGUCUUCGAUAUGCGUGUUACGAUUUCUAAAGAGAUACGUCAAUCGUUGAAUAUUUUUGAUAUUCUCGGAAAUUCAAUUUUCGUAAACGGACAUCGUGUAAUCCUAUAUCGGACAUUAAUUGUCGCGAUUGCGGAACCGCAUGACGUCACGCCUCGACCGUGAGUUCCGAAGUCAAGGCUGCAGAGGUUCACCUGUCAAAAGAUAUCGGAACAUUAAGAUAUUUCAUGCCAAUUCGGAAAUUUGCCCUCAAUUUUGAAAUAUUCACCGAUGUAUCGUAUUAUCGAAUUAUAUCGUGUCCUAAGCUUAAACGAUACAAAUUGCGAAAAAAGUUUGUAAAAGGGGAUACUACGCAGGAUAAUUAUUGGCAGGCUUUAAAAAAAUUUUUAUCAGCAAGCUAUGUACUAUUGUAUAAGAAGGAUCUCUGGUAUUUAUAUGAAAGUUUAUUCCUUAUUGAGUGUGAUUAUAAUAUACGAAAAAGCAGGAAAUAUUAUAAAAAUGUGCAUGAGCAGAUGAUUUAUCGUUCCAAUUUGAGGGAUCAUAAAAAAAAAUUCAAAAUUAUAAGAAUAAAAUUUCACAAAGAUAAAGAUAAAUGAGUUGAAAUGUGCGUUGCACUGCCGAUCAAGUAAUUUUUGAUGCUUCUUAAGCGGUCACAGAAAUAAAUUCUGGCAUUCAUAGAUAAGUGAAAAAGCUAAAGAUAGCCAUCCUUUUAGAUAUAUCCUUUUGCUUCAUUUCUGGAAAGAAUUAGCGUUCUUCGUGGCACUGAUGUGAAGUGAUGUUCCUUUUUAAAGGUUGUACAAAAAACUUGCAAAGAAUACUCAUUUGCACUUAUAAUGCUUGUGAUAUAUAUUAAGGAAUAAGUUAACUCCAUAAAUAAUGAAAUUUACUUCUUAAAUGUAAUAUAAUUACUUAAGAUACAAAAUAAAUUAGCACAAAGAACAUGGUGCUUGACUUAAUCAGUUAUAUAAAAUAAACGUAAGAAAGGAAAGAUAAACUUUAUAUGAUCUGAAUAUUUGGUCAAAGAAGACUGUGAAAAUUGAUCACACAAAUUGCUUAAGAAAAGUGCGUGCACAUAUAUAAAUGUACUUAUAAAUAAAUAUAUCCGAUGUGGUAUUAUUAUUCGGUGUAAUUUAUAUUCAAAGAUAAUGCAAUAAAAUUAUAUUCAUAACAUGAUCUUAACAAAUAAAAGUGUGAUUAAACAAAAGUAUGAGAAAAAAUAUAUAGACAAAGAUACAUUUUUAAGAUUUUAGUCUACAAAAGGUUGAGCGCGUAAUUUUUUCAAGAUAAGUCAAAGAUUUAUGAGAUGCAAACAAAUAUUUGUAUUAUAUGGAUUUCCACGAAAGAUAAAAUGAUCAAGUAAAUAAUUAAGUAUGAGAAAAAAUACGUAUAGUAAUAAUUCUUAGGGGUCAUGCCCCCUGGGGCAAAAGGGGGAGCAGAGGGCUUGGGCCCUUCCUGUUCUGAUAUUCACAAUAGUCAAGAACAUGCUAUUGCAAAAUUUACACCUCCUCUUACAUUUGCCCAGCAAUGCUACAGGCACCUUAAGAGUUCUGGAGUAGGAGAGGCAAGCGUAUAUCAUGCAUUGGUUGUAAUAUUUUUGGAAUUUUUUGCAUGGGGUUUAUUAACCAUGCCUAUCAUUUCUGUAUUAAAUGAAACAUUUCCGGAUCAUACGUUCCUCAUGAAUGGUUUAAUAAUGGGCAUCAAAGGGAUUUUAUCUUUCCUUUCGGCACCAUUAAUUGGUGCAUUAUCAGAUGUGUGGGGUCGAAAAUUUUUCUUACUUAUCACAGUGGCCUUCACCUGUGCACCAAUUCCACUAAUGAGCAUAAACACAUGGUGGUUUUUUGCUAUGAUUUCAAUAAGCGGUGUUUUUGCUUGUACUUUUUCUGUAGUAUUCGCAUAUGUUGCCGAUGUUACAGAAGAAAAUCAAAGAUCAUUGGCAUAUGGUUUAGUUUCUGCAACUUUUGCUGCUAGUAUGGUAAUUAGCCCAGCUUUAGGAGCUUAUACCAUGACAAAAUAUGGAGAAAAUUUGGCAGUUGCAUUAGCAACAGCAAUUGCAGUCUUAGAUGUUUUUUUCAUAUUAGUAGCUGUACCUGAAAGUUUACCUGAAAAAGCAAGACCACCAGCACCCAUAUCUUGGGAGCAAGCUGAUCCUUUUGCAGCCCUAGGAAAGGUUGGAAAAGAUCAUACAAUUUUGAUGCUGUGCGUCACUGUGUUCCUGAGUUAUCUUCCUGAGGCAGGUCAAUAUAGCUGUAUUUUUGUCUACUUAAAAUUGGCUAUGGGAUUUUCUGCUGCUAUGGUGGCAUGGUUUAUUGCUGUGGUUGGAAUAUUAAGUGUGGGGGCUCAAAUAAUACUAGGACCUUUAAUGAGAACCCUUGGUAGUAAACAUACUAUAAUGUUGGGCCUUUUGUUUGAGAUGUUACAACUCAUGUGGUAUGGCUUCGGUUCACAAACAUGGAUGAUGUGGGCAGCAGGAGCUCUAGCAUCUGUGUCAAGUAUCACAUAUCCUGCAAUUUCUGCAUUUGUAUCUAUGCACUCGGAUGCCGAUAAGCAGGGUUUGGUACAAGGAAUGGUGACUGGAAUGCGUGGUCUCUGUAAUGGUUUGGGACCUGCAAUGUUUGGUGUAAUAUUCUAUCUUUUUCAUGUUGAUCUCAAUGAUGAUACACCCUCUCUCCCCUUAAAACCAUCUCUUUUGGAUGAGAAUAACAGAACGGGAACUGCCACACAACACCUUGAUAUUAUGCCCCAGCUUGUACCAGGUCCGCCAUUUGUAUUUGGCGCAUUACUAGUGAUUUGCGCAUUGCUGGUUGCUGCAUUCAUCCCUGAAACUACCACAAUGGCAACAGGAGCAUUACAUCAUCCAUCCACCUCCCGGAGGCCCUCCGGUAAAUACGCAUAUCAGAAAUGUUUAUCCUUGGACGUUCAUUAUGAGCCAGAUAGGAUGGGAAGUGGAAGAGGAAAGGUAGGACCACUAUCACCACUAGUCGACAAUUGCAACUCUGCUGCACUAUAGCUGCUGAUAAAUUCAAAGACAGUUAUUGUUCAUGGGCAAGAUAUGUAUUCUCACAAAACGACGAAACAUUAAUCAGUGAAGUGGUCACCGGUGUAAAGUGCACCAACUUCAAAGAGAUUGUAAUAGAUUUGUCUAUAAUGUAUUAUACUAUUUCUUUAAGUCAUUAACUAAGCUUGAUUUUAGGACUAUCAAUCAACUUAAUGUUUAGGUUGUAAUUUCCACAAGCAGUGCUUGUGUGACUAAGAAAGGGUUCUUCUUCAAAGCAGAUACAGCCCUAUUUGGAACAGAGUUUUGUUAUAUAUAUAUAUAUAAAAAGAAAAAAAAAAAAAAGAAAAAAGAAAAUGAAGAAAAAAAAUCAAGUUGCUCUGUUCUUUUAACAAUUCUUGAAUUGAAUUAUAUUAUACUAGAAGUCAGCAAUUUUGAGACAACAACCAUUGAUCACUAGUUUGCGUAGCUUGCCAAUAGCAAUGCAGCACAAAAUGGCAAGAAAAAUGACAGUAUUUUUAAUAGACUUCUAAGUUGUGUCAUAUCCUUUAUUUGAGUACCCUUUUAUUGAUUUAAUAUCUAAUACAAAAAGGAAAACAUGCAAAUUUAAUUUUUAUUAGCUAAUCGCUAUAUGAUAAUACACUUUGCGGAUAUACAUUACAUUGUAAUGUCUAUGAGAACAUCCAUUAAUCAUGCAAAAACAUUAGGAUGAAAAUGGUAAAAAGUUUCAUUUCUUUCUUUCAUGACACUCACACAUUCCUGAUAAUAAAUAUGCAGUAUAUUCAUAAUAGAAAGUCACUGCUUUAUAUUGUAGAAAACAUUGAAACCUUGAAUACUUUUACCCCAUUAGAAAUUAUAUUUUUGAAUACAUAAACGUUUUCUCUUCUAUUGUUGUCAUAGCUACAAUAUUUAAAAUGCGUAAAUUUCACCAAAGUUAAGAGGUAUGUUGUGUAAUAUUUUAUUGUUUUAUUAUGAACAUAGGUAAUUCUAUCAUAGUGUUCAUUAUCAAGUAGGAGUAGUUGCGCACUUCUGUCUUUUUAAUUAAUUUAUACACAAUGAUAACUUAAUUUAAAGCAUUUUACAGAAUGUGUGAACUACUUUUUUUUCUGCACAAAAUAUCUAUCAUUUAGUGAUUAUAAAUUGUCAGCAUGAAUGAAAAGGCCUUAAUGAAUAUAACACAAUUUAUAUAAAUUUUGUCAUCCUAAGGCAACAAGAAAAAUUAAAGAAAUUCUGAUAAAACAUUAUUGUGUAGCCCUAUUUUUAAUUAAAAACUUUUAAUAUGACCAAAGCGUUGAUCAUAUAUAAAUUUAGUAUUAUAUCAUCAGCAUUCAGGAAUGUAUUGGUAGAAUACUUUAUCUGUUUACUGUCUCAAAUUGUGAAUGGCUCUGUUAAAUUCAAAUAUUUUGUGUUUCUUAAGAUUUUCAAUAACAAAUUAAAUCAUUAGAUGAAAUUAUUUUUAGAUAAUUUAUGAUAAUGAACAUGAAUUUUCAAUUCAUAUCUGUAUAUAUAAAAUUUAUCGAAGUUGUAUUAUUUCAAACAAUAUUUUACUUUAAGUACUUGGAAUAUAACACUUUCAAUUGGUUGCAUAUAUCAUUCUUGCCUGGCUUGCAUCAAAUUGCUAAUGCCAUUAUUAAAAAAAAUAAACUAACAAUAAGAAUAAAAAGAAAGACAUUUGGUCUUUUAAUGCCAAAGAACGAAAAAUAAAAGAAAAUUGUUUUGGAAACUAUGGUGGAUAUAGAUAAGAAAACAAUAUAUUUCUGCAGAAAAUGUUGGAUAUGCCAGUAAGACAUACACUUUUAUAUGAUCUCAACUUUCUCCAAGAAUUUUUCUGUUUUCUAAUUUAAUAAUGUUCCAUUUAAUGAUUGUUUCAGAGUUGAGUUAAAAAGUUUUGAAAUUACUAUUGACAAAGUAAUGAAACAAAUUGGAGUAAUCUAUUAUUCAAUUUCUUUUUCCUUAUUUUCGUUAUUUAGAUAAAAAUUAAUUUUGUAUAUAUAUAUAUAUAUAUAUAUAUAUAUAUAAGGAAAGCUUUUGCAAAAUAUAAAAUUGUUCUAUAUUAAUAUUAAAAUUGAGCAGCAGAUUUCUUGGAGAAUGCAAGUAUAAAUAGUACAGACACAAAUGUACACUGUUGUUGUGUUAAUUCCUAGAAAUCCUUUAGUAACAUGCUCUUAUUCACUGGAGUACAUAUAUACAAUUGUAUCAUACAGCAAAACAUCAUGAGAUGAAUAGAAAGAAUAUAAUGUUAAAUAUAAGUAGGUACUAAUGUCAUGGCUUGACUCUUUGCUGAGUUAAGUAAUUGUAUAUGUACAAUGUAUGAUGGGUGCGCUAAUAAAAAAAAGUAAAUAUUUUUAAGAUAAAA